GUCACCAUACGGCCUAAAUUUUGACUAAUAAGGCCAGAAUCAGAAUAUAUGGUUCCUUUCUAAUCUGAGAUGAACAGAAACUUCAAGAUACCUAUUCUAGAAAAUGGAGAUGCCAUGUCUUUUUAAGUUUUAUCUGAUUCCAUGACCCUGGUAAAACACUCCGUCAGCUAACAUCCAGAGCUUUUAGAAUUAGCUGAUUGCCAGCUAAGUAAGAUUGUAAGAUACAUAACCAAAAUACAAACUUGUUCUCACUUGCAGAUGCACCAUUUAUUUUUAACAGAGCAAAAGCUCGCUGCUGUUUUGUGAAUCCCUGACUAAAAUAUCUCAGGAACUAUAUUAGUGCCUACACCUAUAACACGAACCAACCUGAACACACUAAUACAUUUUACCCUAUCUCAUUUCCACUUCCAACAAUUUAGCAUGGAACCAGAACGAAAAAGAAGUGGACCGACACAGAGAACGUUGACACCGAAUACAUAUACAUGUCAAGUACAUGAAGGUCCAUAUUCAUUUUUUACAUGUAUAUAUACACGCAAACACAUAUAUACUCAUCACAUGGGGUGCUUCCUUUCUUAGCUCUUUGAUAUGAUAAUGAUUAUUAAUCGUCAAUCUUCACGAUGGAGCUUUUUAUAAACGCGUCUAAACCGUGCGAUCAAGUGGGUCUCGAUCUUAACAUGGACGCCUAAGCUUGCCUUAAUUUUGCCCCCCUAAAGUAUAGACAAUAUUCUCAAAUAUGAUGUUCAUGUGACCGACAGCUGAGUUGUGUAUGUCUCUAACUUCAUGAAUGUGAUGAGAAACAAAUCCCUAGAUAUUGUCCCUCUCCUUAUUAUCAUACCAUCUAUAAAAUACCUUCAUCAGUAACCAUCAACCAUUUCUAACAACAGCUACUAUUCCAUUUUGGAAAGAAAUAUAGAAAGACUUGCCGGAAUCUAACAUACAUUAAUAUCAAAUUCUAAAUCAAUCAAAAAAGUUUGCUCAAGAUCAUAGAAGGAUUGUUGAGAAAUGGAAACCGCGGUGAAAUAUGAGAAUGAACUCGUUAACCUUGAGGCCACAGAGCUAAGAUUAGGCUUACCUGGAAUUGAUCAGCCUGAUGAGAAACUAAAGUUGUCUUCCAGAACCAACAACAAAAGAACUGUGGCCGAGAGAGACGAAGACGAAGAAGAAUGUGGAUCCAAAAGCAACUGUUCAGAUGUUUCUGAUGCUAGAGAUAGCGACCGGUUAGUCGCGCCACCUGCCAAGCAACAGGUAGUUGGAUGGCCACCAGUUAGAUCUUACAGGAAAAACUAUCUGCAACCGAAGAAGAACAUCGAAGGAGAGAAUUCAGGAAUUUAUGUGAAAGUUAGUAUGGAUGGAGCUCCUUACCUUAGAAAGAUUGAUCUUAAAGUUUAUGAGGGAUAUCAAGAACUUCUCAAGGCAUUGGAGAAUAUGUUCAAAUUCAAUAUGGGUCAUUAUUUUGAGAGUCAAGGUUACAAUGGUUCAGAAUUUGUACCUACUUAUGAAGACAAAGAUGGUGACUGGAUGCUGGUUGGAGAUGUCCCAUGGGAAAUGUUCAUCUCAUCGUGCAAAAAGUUGAGAAUCAUGAGAGGAUCAGAAGCUAGAGGUUUGGGUUCACGUGCGUAGAACGGAAGUAAUAAUCAAGAAGCUAACUAAUCAAGAAUCUCAGUACAUCAAACAGAGAUUUAGAGACAAAGGAGUUGCGUCUUACGUGCAUGAGCAGAAAAACAUUUCUCAUGCAGCUGCUUGGGUUCUCCUAGAAGAAACAGAGCAAGAGCUGAAUAUCUCUUUCCCAUAUCACCUGUUAAGAUGGCUUCAAUAGCUCUUAACAGCUAGACAAAAGGAGGAAAAGAAAUCGUCCAAUCACACAUCUUGAUCUAGUUUACGAUUCAUUCUACAUAUUGUCAUUAGAACCAAGAUCCAUGGCAGCGAGCUUAAGAUAAGCUAGCCUUUGUGAUGUACUUAAUUAUUUUCGUGCAAUAUUAUCCCUAUCAAACAGAAACUACAUAAAUAGAGAUAGAGAUAAAGAAUAUCCUCCUGAUCCCAUCAGAAUUGUACAUAUGAUGAUAUAAACAAUAUAUCCAAAUAUUUGUCCACA